GCACUCGGCGUUGCUUAGCUGGCACUGUCGGCUUCACUUCACCUCGCUCUGACUUAGUACUCGUUUAACUAGCCGGUCGUGCCGCGCACCUGUCGGACAAAGAUCACCAAACCAAGUUCGAUUGCGACGAAGAACUCGUCGCACGGCGAUUCGGGAAUCGCUAUUGUGCUGUCCUAUAGUUCUAUCCCUCGCCAUCUCAUUUCUCUUCUUUUUCAUUUUUGUUUAGAACCCGAAUAGCAAUUUUCUUGAUUGUCACUAUUUAUUAUUGGAUCGACAAUCGCUGUAGCGUUAGGUCCUCUCGUGCGAUUUCCUCCGAAUGAAACCCUCUUCGCAAUUGAGAACUGCGAAUGCCCUGACUGGAAUCUACCAAUAUUUUGGAAAUCAUGUCAUCACGUUCUGAUAAGUACAUGCAGAUUACGAUAACACACUGAUACCGCCAGUGUCUUGAGCAAGCGUGAUAUCUUAUAUCGAUAACGCCGCUAUCAAGGCAUGACAAGACCGGUGUUCGUCGAUUCGGCUGGUUGAUUCGUACACAAGAUGGAAAUCGAUGAUUUGACGCUAUAUUUUUACAUUGCAUGCGGUAUCUUCGCCGGCGCGCUUAUCUUACUUUUCGUUUUGGUGACCGUGCUAUUCGUGAAAGUAAAUCGAUUAGCCGAGGACGGGUCCAACCAACUAAACAGACAGACAAACAUGAUGGCGGACUUUUGUUACACCAACCCCACGAUCGUGCCUGGAGAACUGCUCUCUCGUCGUGGCUUUUCCAUGUACAGCGGAGCUGACAACUUCGACGAUGAUUUCGGCAAGAACAAGAAUGUUCAUUAUGGAACAUAUCAUGAGGCGCGAUCAAAAUUCUGAUUGAAAUUUGAAUCUGAAAUGAUCGAUCUCUCCAAUUAUUGGUGCAACUUAUCCGGGUUAAUGAACCUGCAAUUAUA